AUGGAGGAAAACGAAGAUGACCAAUACUGUUAUCAAGACAGAAACUCUUCUUGCAAAAGGACUUCAAUAUCAGCAUAUUUUUCCAUUACACUCUAUGUAUUUUUCUCAUUGAUUUCAGCGGUUACAGUAUUUUUGAACCUAUUGGUGAUCAUCUCCAUCUCUUAUUUUAAACAUCUCCACACUGCAACCAACCUGCUCAUCGUCUCUCUGGCUGUGUCAGAUCUCCUGGUGGGACUCAUUGUGAUACCAUCAAUGACUGUAGCAAUAAUGGAACCAUGCUGGGUUCUUGGGGAAUAUUUCUGUCCGUUGCUCCUCUACCCCACUUUUUUAUGUGCUUCUUCAUCUCUGGGUAAUUUGGUCUUGAUAUCUAUUGACCGUUAUGUUGCUGUGUGUGAUCCACUGAUGUACAACUUGACGAUAACAACAACAAGGAUUAUGUGUUGUAUCUUCAUUACCUGGUUUUGUUGUGUCGUAUAUGACACUGUUCUCAUAAAUAUCUAUGUAAAUAUACAGGUACCCAGGUGUUUUGAUGAGUGUUAUUCACUAGAAGGACAUUUCUGGGUUAAUGUUAUGGACAUUGUGAUUUCAAUGGUUUUCCCUUGUUCCAUUAUUAUAACACUUUAUUUUAGAAUAUUUGUGGUGGCCAGAUCACAGGCCAGACAGUGGACGGGCUCCGGCGUUUGA